AUGGCGAGCACGGCAUGUUUUAUGAUCGUUAGCCGGAAUGACAUUCCCAUCUACGAAGCCGAAGUUGGCACUGCACCUAAAAAGGAAGAAGCUGCACAUCAGCACCAGUUCAUAUUGCAUGCUGCUUUGGAUAUUGUCCAGGACCUUGCAUGGACAACAAGUGCUAUGUGA